UUUGGAGCUCUCACCUUCUGUGCGCUGUUCUGUUUCUCUCCUUGAGCAAGCACUCAUGCUUCUCGAAGCUUCCGCCGCCCUCGCCCCCUUCGCCUCCUUUAAGGCCACGGCAGCGCCUCCCGGGGGAAAUCUCCUCCUCCGCCGGCCUGUCUUCCCUGCCCCCCUUUUCGGAUCGCUGAUCGGGACGAGGAGGCGCUCGUCGUCCCUAGCAGCCACCGAAUCAGGCCAGGCCUUGACUGGACUCUUGUUUCAGCCCUUCGAGGAAAUCAAGGAGGAGCUCUCUCUGCUGCCGACCCAUCUGGAUCUGUCUUUAGCUCGUCAGAAAUACGCCGAUGAGUGCGAAUCUGCGCUCAAUCAACAGAUCAAUGUUGAAUACAACAAUUCGUACGUUUAUCAUGCGCUGUUCGCUUACUUCGACCGCGACAACGUUGCGCUGAAAGGCCUCGCAAAGUUCUUUAAGGAAUCAAGUGAAGAGGAACGGGAACAUGCCGAGAAACUGAUGGAAUACCAAAACAAGCGCGGCGGGAGAGUGAAACUCCAAUCUAUUGUCAUGCCAUUAUCUGAGUUCGAUCACCCCGAAAAGGGAGACGCGUUGCAUGCCAUGGAAUUGACUCUGGCGCUUGAGAAGUUGACAAAUGAGAAGCUGCUCCAGCUGCUCAGUGUGGCUGAAAAAUGCAAUGAUGCUCAAUUGGCUGACUUUAUUGAAAGUGAAUUUCUUGAAGAGCAGGUGACUUUGCUGGUGGAAGCCAUAAAGAGGAUAUCUGAGUACGUUGCUCAGCUGAGAAGGGUAGGGAAAGGACACGGGGUUUGGCAUUUUGACCAGAUGCUCCUCCGUGAGGGAGAUGCUGCGGCUGCAUAAACUCUUGAGGUCUUAAUAUCCUGUACUGGAAAGGAUGUGUCUUCUAUUCUCUCUCAGUGAACUCUUGAGGUCUUAAUCUGUGUCUGUAGGUUGGUUACCAUCAUUUGCUUCCGUUCUGUAGGAAUUUUUGCUGUCUGAAAUCUUUGAACCUUGUAGUUGUAGAAAGUAGAGAGCAGAAUCAGAUGAUUUCUGGAGGAAAGUAGUAUUUCAUGUAUGUCGUCGAGGUUUAGUCUGGAUUGCCUAUUAAACUUGGAUCCAGUUUUACCCA